UACGGUGUGAUCAGUUAUAUUAUCUCUUUCACUGUUGCUCUGUAUCUUCCUACCCAAGCUACUUUUCUCUUGAUCUAAACUCAAGCCCUAACCUUACCUCCUAAUCUAUCUAUCUCAUUUCCACAUAGAAAGCUUCUAGUUUCUGUAUCCCUUUACCAUUCCAAUCAGCUUUCUUGUUUUUGCAUCUUUUCCUCUCCUACGAAUUUGGUUUAUUUAUAUUUGUGCGUAUUGGUUUAUAUGUGAUUGUCGCCUCUCCACUCUCCACACUCCGACGACCGGCGUCUACGCGGCGACGCCACUUCCACCGCUGCAGCUUGUGUCUUGGACUCUGCUGUUCCUCUGUCGUAGCCUGUAGAUCCCCUUUAACGUCGCUGCAGAUGGGGGAGUUUGAGUCUUUGAGAUCAUGGUGAUGGAAAAGUAAAAAUUAAAAUUCUAGGAGUAUAUAAGUGUCUAGCAUUGCUAUUGAGAAGUAUUAUUAAGUUUAUCAGUGGGGGAGGCAUGUGAGCUGUUCGGACCAGACGAUAGUUGUUGCAUUAACAAUUUUUAUAAGUUUAUUGGUUCUUUUGGUGCAAAGAAUGGGUAAAUGCAAGGGUUGUGGGAAAUUAGGAAGAAUGGCGCCAAGGGAUGGAUCUGUUAGUGCUUAUGAUUCUGCUCUUCUGUUGUCUCCUGUUGUUUCUGUCUGGGACUGCAUUGUUCGUAAAAUGAGGUAUUCCUACAUACCUGAGUGGGUGUAGUUAUCAGGUCUAUCAUCUUAUGUUAGUGUUUUGCACCAUAUUCUAUUAUACUUUGCUUUGUAUCCACAAAAAAAGGGAAAUGUAUGAAUUUUGAGGGAUUUACUUAGAAUAGAAGUGGAGGAAAGGUGACUGAGUAGGUUGGUAGUUUUCAUGGAUACCAUGGGAUUUAAUAAAGUGCAACCUGUUGUGAGGAAAGGGAAAAAGAAGCAGGUGAAAGAUGAGGUUGAUCGAAUGAAACAGGCUGAGAAGAAAAAGAGGCGCUUGGAGAAAGCCCUAGCUACUUCAGCAGCCAUCAUUUCUGAACUAGAGAAGAAGAAACAGAAAAAGAAAGAAGAACAACAAAAGCUUGAUGAGGAGGGUGCUGCAAUUGCUGAGGCUGUUGCUUUGCAUGUCUUACUUGGUGAAGACUCAGAUGAUUCAUGUAAGCUUGUUCUGAAAAAAGAUGAAGGGUUCAACCCUUGGGAUAUUCCUGAUAACAUUGACCUAUUUGUGAGGGGUAAGAAACCAGGCUUUCCUUAUCAGGACAACUCUGACAAGCACCCGCUUGAAGGGAUUGGGUGGGUUUCUAAUCCGUAUAUAUCUGGAUAUAAGUGGGGUGGCUUGGAGAAGGGUGACUGGUCAUUCUCAUCUGGGCCUUUUGCAAGGGAUUUUCCUGCCCCGUAUUUUGAGGAACCAGGCUGGGGAACUACGGGAUUCUCAGCUGGUCUUAUUGCAGCACAGGCUGUUUCAUCCCUCCAGAUCGCAGAGGAUGCUCACGAAGACACGAUUGUCCUGAAUGGAAUGUUAAGUGGAUAGAAUGCACAGCUGCAGAAGUAUCUCCAGUUCCUUACAGAGAGUUUCGGUAGCAUAUCAUGAUUAUUAUUCUGUGUAUAUUUUCCAUAAACGAGUCCUUUGUUGUUGGUUGGAUACAUGCGUUGCUUAUUGAACAAUGUUUAAAAAGUGUUGCGCUAUGUCGUCUUCUAUUUAUAAGCUUCAGUUCAUUGA